GCACUGAACUCCCAGAGGGAGUAUGUUGUGUUUCCUCCUGUUCUUUAUCAAAGUCCCCAAAAUAAGCAGGAAUGGGCAGUGGCUAGGCACAGUCUCUACACACCUUUUUCCAUGGAGUAAUUAAGGCCUGCCUCAGAGUGAGAGAGCACUCCCUGCCCAGCUGUGUGAGGGAGAGCUGACAGCACCACCACCACCAAGCAUGAAGCUCCUGGGGAUUGCCUUCUUUUUCCUAGCCACACUCUGUGUUUGCACUGUGGGAGAAGACAGUAGUCCAGCCAGUACCACCGUCAAUGCAACCGUUUUUGCAUCAGCAUCAACAUCAAUAGCUGUAACGAAAGAUGUGAACCUAACAACUUCACAAGCAACAACUUUGCAAAUGCCAGUGCUGACAGCAGCUGCAGUCAGAGCUACAAAUGAAUCCAUCACAACCCACUCCACACCUUCUUCACCUAAUGCUACACAACAAAUAACACAAGGUAUAACAACACAACCACCAGUAAAAGCGACCACUACAGCAACAGAUAAAAGUGACAGCACAACAAACACUACACAAGCAAGUGGAACACCAUUGGCACAAAAUGAGAGUUUGGGUGCUUCAACUACUAUGACAUCGUCUUUUACAAUCUCUCUGCAAAAAAACACUUCUGCUCCUGGAACCUCAAGCCUUCACGUGAGCUCCUCAACAGAAUCGAAAACUUUUGACAGUCCUGGAAACAAGAAAGUGCCAGGGAGUGAUACCCACUAUUCUAACAUCAUCCUGCCAAUUGUCAUCGCCUUGAUAGUCAUUACGCUCUCUGUAUUCUUGCUGGUGGCUUUGUAUAGAAUGUGCCAGAAGAAAACUCCAGAGAGACAAGAGAACGGCACUGAACAGGCCCAGUCAGAUAAAGAAGGUGUCAAACUUCUUUCUGUGAAGACCACUUCUCCUGAGACUGUUUUUGUAGAAGUGCGUGAUAUAUAUGAGGUUGGCUUCUCACUGCCCUCUGCCAAUCUAUCUGAGCCCACAACUCCUCCUCCAUCAGGAGAGGUGUCACAAGGCAGGAUCACAGGAGAGCACUCAUCUCAGGGGAAGAAUAAAACUCGGCAACUAUCCACACCUCAGCAAUAAAUGUAUGUGAAGCAGCCUAUUUUAUCACAGUGUGCAGGAACUUCCCAACCAAAGCUGCAGUUCCACUGGAAACAUGGAGUAGCUGAAGCUUUUUACCAGGCAGGACAUUUGCAUCAAUGACCGGCUUUUGACUUCUGAACGUCAAGUGUCUCCUGUCCCUUCUGGAAUGACAUGUAAUUUUUUGAUGGCUUAAUAACUGGCAUAUCAUAUGUAUUUAUUGUUUUCACAUAUAGUAAAAGCAGGAAAACUUUCAAGAAGAUUGAAGAGAAUGUAAAAAUCAGGCGAUGUUUGCAUAGUAGUUACUAAAAAUGUUUUCUGCACAUACAGGAAGGAAUAUGUUAGCAUACUUUGUUGAACUUAGUAGAUAGGGUUCUUUUAAUUGUAUGUAGCAAAAUACAAACAGGGCCUGACCCUUGAAACAGUACUGGGAAAACUGCCACUAUGAAAAUUAAUUCAGUGAUUUCCAUGAGACUCCUCACUGUAGCACACACUUUGCUUGUCAUAAAUGUUUACAGGAUGGGGUGCCUGGGUGAAAUGCUGAAGCGUGUGCUUUUUUCUGUGAAGGGGCUAUAUACCUUGCACUGAGGCUCUUUGAAGUUCUGUAAAUUACUGAAUAUGAUCCUUGUAAUGUAGCAGGCGAUAUAGUUUAUUUUCACCUGUUCCUUGGCUAAUUACAUUAUGUGUGCUAUAAGUAUUUCUCUUAUACAGCCUGGGACACACAGCGGGGAUCAGCAAGAUAAGCAAUUUUACAGAUGAACUUCUUCCCGCUGUUCUGAGUAAUGCAGGGGAUUCCUGUGGGUUAUUGAAUAAUUCUGGAAGUUCAAAGAGUGUUUCAAGUGCUAAUUACAGGCUCUCUUAAUUUGUACAGAGCUAGCAAUUCAAAAAUAUCAAGUAGUGCUAUCUGCAUGUAUCCUACUUUUCUAGAACUAUAAAUGUCUGAAAAUUGUAUUACUGUGAGCAUCUGCUCAGUCUCAAUCCACUGACUCUGGUAGCAUGCCAGGAGCUUCCGUUGUUUUAUUGGCAAAUGGAAAGAAGACAACUGGUGGUGUAAGUGCAGGACCAAGAGCCAGGACGAUGAUCAAAAUUUUGAUACUUACUGAUACAAUGCUUUUGAGGAACUUCGCUCUCCAAUUUCCCUCUCUGAAAUAAUAAAACUUACCUAGUGGUAUGGUAGGAGAUUGAGCAAAUUGUUAGUUUAUGUUUAUACACAAAGCUGAAAAGUGUUCAUUUCCCUGUGCUUCACUGUUGCUCUUAUCGCCACUUUGAUGGGUCUAAUAAACCUCUGUUUUAGCGGCACCAAGAGAAAAUUUUGAUGAAGUUCUGUGAAAGAUGGGGAACCAACAAGUGUCCUCCAUGCUGCAGCUGAGCUCGUGUGGUUCAUUCAAGUAUUUCUGGAUCACUUGGGUUGUUCAGGAGCAGAGGAGUCUUGGAUACCUACUUUGGAAGGGUCAGGCCAUCUGGAAAUACUCUAGGUGGCAUCUGCAAGUAUUCAGAUUCCUGAUUGCUGAAGUUUCCUAUGAAAAAAGCAAUCAUUGUGGAUUUUGAUGUUGAUUAAAAAAAAAAAAUUUGUAGCAUGAUGCAUCAUAAAAAAAGUACAGUAGAAAAAAGCAGAGAAAGGUUGUGAAAUAUAUAUAUAUAUGUUUGCACAAAAUCUGUUCAGGAACUACCAUGGUGUGUCAAAAAAAACCAUUUUAACUGCCUAUUAAAAGCUAUCCUCUUUA